GCAAAGGGGGGAAGGAGACGAACAAGAAAAGGAGAAGAAGCGCACCAGAGCAGGAAAGAAAGGCGAGGAGGGCAAAAGGCGAAACGGCGAGAAGAGGACGACAGGGAAACAAGAGGGGCCAAAAGCGGAGGAGAGAGGAAGGAGCGGGGAAAAGAGAGGAAGCAAAAGAAAGCGCACGCAAAAGGACGGGGGCGACCAGCGACAGGGGACAGGAAGGGCACGGCCAGGAGAGAGCAGAGGGAGCGAAAAACCCGAGCAACCGAGAAGCGGGGAGGGAGCGAAAAGCGGAGGAAGGGAGAGGAAAGCAAGAGAGAGGAAGAGCAGGAAAAAGAACAACGGCGGAGCGAGCAACCAGCAACGGCAGGGCAGGACAAAAGGGGGAAGGAGGGCCGAAGGAGCAAGGGGCGCGCGGGGGCAAGAAAGGGAGGAAAGCAGGAAGAGAAGCAACGACAAGAAAACAAGGGGGAAGGCAACAAAGAAGGCGAAGAAAGAAAGAGGGGAGGAAGAGGCAAAGGGGGGGACAAGGGGAAAAGCCGGGACACGGGGCAGCAAGGGGCCACACCCAAGGGAAGGAAAAGGCAAGACACAAAGAGGGCGAACGCGCAACAGGAAGAAGGCAAGCCAAAGAGAAAAGGGGCACAAAAAGAGAGAGAAAAACACGAGGAGGGACCCACGGGAAAGAAGGGAGGCAGAAGAAGCGGCAAGGGAGGAAAGGGACACCGCAAAGGAGGACAAGGCAAGGGGGGGCAGGAGGAGCGCCAACAACACACCCGACGAGGACAGGGGGCGGAGGGGGAAAAGGAAGGAAAAGGAAAGGGAACAGCGAAAGGCGGAGGAGGCGAAAGGCGGCAGGGGCGAGAGAGGCCGGCGGGCACGGAAGGGAGAAGGGCAAACCGGAAGGGACACGCACGCGCAACGCAAAGAGCGCAAGGAGGGGGAGGCGGGAAAAAGAGCAAGGAAGGAAAAAGGGCAAAAGGCGCGACGGGAAGGGAAAGACGGGAAAGAGAAAAGGAGGGGGCGGCAAGAAGAGGGGAAAGCAAGGGAAGGGAGAGAACACAACCGGAGAGAGGGAGAGCAACAGGGACACAGGCAGCCCAAAGAAGGGACAAAAGGGGAAAGAGGCAAAAACCCGCAAGGGAGAAACCGGACGGGGGGAGGAGCCAGCGGGGGCGCAAGCCGCCAAAAAGGGACCAAGGACGACGACGGGAAAGAAGAAAGGCCAAGGAGGAAAAGGGGGAAAGGGCAAGAAAGCACAGGGAGACAAGGAAAGGGGGACCAAACAGGGCAAAAGGAAGGGGGGAGGCGAAGCCGCAAAGAAACAAGAGGGCGCCGAAACAGGAGAGAAAAAGGCAAAAGGGGGGCCGAAAGGGAAAGACACCAAGGAGGCGAGGGCACAAAGCCCGCAGAGGAAAAGGGGAAGGAAGCAAGAAGGGGGCAGGAGAGGGAGCCGCGAAACAAGAGGGGGGAGGAGAGGAAACCAGGGACGAAGGCCAGAGGGAAGGCCGAGCAGAGGCGCAAACAAGCGGCGGCCCACGGGCCAAAAAAGCGAGGAAAGGGGCAAAAACCGGCACCAAAAAGGGGG